UAUACGGAUUUAUUUUUUGCCCUCCGUGGAGCUGGGUCUAAUAACUAUGGAGUAGUUACUUCGUUUACAUUUCGAAUUUAUCCUGCUCUUCCUAAAGUCACAUAUAUAUCAUUAAAAUAUGAUCUUAACAAGAUUCAAACUCUUUAUGAUGCAACUAAACAACUUGGUCCGACGCUUCCUGAUGAUAUCUCAUUCUCGAUAGUUAUAGAUAACAGUUCUGUAGAAUUUGAAGGAGUUUAUCUAGGAUCACAAUCGGGUGCAACGCAAGCUAUGAGCCAAUUUAUUUCACUUUCACAACCAACUUCGAAUCAAUUUACAGAGAAAAGUUUUUUCGAUAGCGUUGUAAGACGGGGACUUAAACAAGAAAGUGGCACAAUAAAUCCAUAUCAUAGUCCCAAAAAAUUUAAAGCAAAAUCUUUCUAUGUAAAAUCUUCUGGACUUUCAGCAGAGGGUGUUCAAUUGCUUGUGAAUUUUAUGAAAGGUCUUCCCACCGCAUGUCCAACAUUUGCAAUAUUUGAUUUAUACGCUGGUGGUGCGGCAACUAGAAUCGCAGAAAAUGCUACUGC